AUGACAACAAACUCCCCACCUUUAGACCUGAGUACCAUCAUCCUAACCUCUGCGGGCAUGUCUCUCGUCUGCUCGAGGUUACAAGAAGAAGCGAAAGCAGAGCCAGGAAUGAUCUUGAAAGUCGGACGACUCUACAGCACUCAAGCAUUUGAUCCGGCUUACAUCCUCAUUCCAUGCUUUAAGCCAAACACGAGACGUCGCACCAUCAAGGAUUUUGAUACUGAGAUGUACGUCCAUGAUAUGUACAAGCCGUUGUAUGUCAGCAACACGAUGGGCUAUCACAUGAUUGCGCUGAAGGAGUAUCCGAAAUUGGUGUUACAUUUCUUUUACUGUCUGCUUCAGCUCGUCAUGGGUGUAGUGAAGCAUAACAACAAGAAGAAUCACACGUUGUCGGUGCCUCUGUCAGUAAAGACUUCCUGGUAUGGAAACUUCUUGAUAAUAGUCACCAACGGGAAGAAUCCUGUGGAUUUUGAGCAGACCAAAAGUUUUGCGAAUGUAGUUGAUGGGAUUGUGAAGAAAUUUGUUAUCGAUUAUGUUGGAGAGUGGGAAGCGAUGAAGAAAGCGACCAAUUACAAGAUGAUCAGGAAUAAAGCAGCACCCACCUUCCUGAGUCUAUAUCGCUGA